GACCGGCUGUGACGCUCGUGUGGACGGCGCUUUAGUGAAUAUUUAGUAUUAAUAUAAAUAUGGAGGUUGCGAAGAAAUCGGGUUCAUCAUGGGGCGUCCGUCACGUGCAGACGUUCCUACUGUUUCUGGCGCUGGUGCUGGCCUUCUCCAUGCGCGUCAACAUGAGCCUCGCCAUCGUCGCCAUGACGGACACAUUCAGUGACAACUCAUUCGAGUGGUCCAUCCAAACCCAGAGCGUGGUGCUCUCCUCGUUCUUCUGGGGCUACGUGAUACUGCAGAUCCCGGGAGGAGAGCUGGCGGCGCGAUACGGGGGCAUGAUACUUAUCACCAUCUCCAUAGCGGUCAAUUCCGCGGUGACGCUGAUUAUACCGGUUGCUGCUUAUUAUGGUGGGUGGAAGCUGUUGUGCGCGUGCCGCGUUGUGCAGGGUCUCUCGCAGGGCUUCCUGUACCCCUCCAUGCAUAACCUGGUGGGGAAGUGGAUCCCGCUGGAGGAGAAGAGCAGAUUGGGGACAUUGAUUUAUGCUGGUGGUCAGCUAGGCACAGCCUUCCAGCUGUUGUCGUCAGGCUUCAUAGCGGAUUACUGGGGCUGGCCGGCCAUCUUCUACGUGAACGGCACUCUGGGUGUGCUAUGGACGGUGGCCUACGUGUACCUCGGCGCCGCCAGCCCGCAGACGUCGAAGAUGAUCAGCGCAGAGGAGAGGCUGUAUAUACAGACCUCGUUGGGACAUGUCGGUGGACAUAAGAAAUUGAAGACCCCGUGGAAGUCGAUCUGGACGUCCCUGCCAUUCAUCUCGCUGAUCGUGGCGCACUGCGGACAGAACUGGGGCUUCUGGACCCUCAUGACGGAGAUGCCGUCCUACAUGAGCAAGGUGCUGGGAGUGGAUAUUAAAGCGAACGGUGCGAUGUCCGCGCUACCGUAUCUGUCUAUCUACGUGUUCAGCAUCCCGUUGAGCUUCCUCUCCGACUACGUGCUCAAGAAGAAGUGGCUCAGCGUCACCGUCAGCAGGAAGGUCGCCAACUCUCUCGGUUACUACGGUCCGGCGCUGGCACUGAUCGGUCUGUCGUACGCGCCGGCGGGCGACGUGACGUUGGCGGUGACGCUACUCACCGUUGUCGUAGCGCUCAACGCCGGACACUACACUGGAUACCUGCUGGUCCACAUCGACAUGUCGCCUAAUUUCGCGGGCACGCUGAUGGGCAUCACCAACUGCUUCGCCAACAUCAUCAGCAUCAUCGCGCCGCUGGCGGCCGGCGCUAUCCUCAAUGAUGAGACUGAUGCCAGCGAGUGGCGCAAGGUGUUCUUCGUGUCGUCGGCGGUCUACAUCGCCAGCAACACCUUCUUCCUGAUCUUUGGCACGAGCGAGCGGCAGAAGUGGAAUGAUGAUGGCGAGACUAACGAAACUGCUGCCGCUUCGGAUAGGCUAGGAACAGCUGGAGGGUCCCAUCGGUCUUAUGGAAGUUUUGACCGAAAAGUUUUCAGUCCAUAGAUGAGGGUUUCUGGCAAAGACACCUCUGGGCGCGAAGAAUCUCUAACAAAAUACUUUUUCAAAAUUUAUAAAAGAUUUUUGGUUUUGGUAUAAUUCUUUUUAAUGUUAACUAAAAUUAAAAAAGAAAUGUAGCAAGUUUGUGAUCCUGAACUUGGUAUAUACUCUAUACUAUGAUAAUAUAGAAAUCUAUAUAUAUAAAAAUGGAUUUUCAAUU